AUGGCCCCUGAUUUGCGAGCAUUGACCAAGCAAGAGCAGUUUUGCUUCGACACCUUGAACAACGUGGUCAAAUUUAUUAAUCAAUACGAUGAAGCGCGGGAUAAAGGACAGAUCGCGGGUUGGAUGGAUCGUUUGGAGGGGCUUUUUGAGAAUUUUUUGAAGGUGCGGUUGCAAAUUGAUUUGCUGCAGGAUGAUGAAUCGCCAACUGCAGACGAAGAUGAAAAGCUUAGUCGUGCCUCACGUGAUCGGUUUGAAAAGAUCUACGUGCAGGUGAAAGGUUUUCUCGUAAAUGCUGAACGCACAGCUAACGCGGUGCCCUCCACCAGUGCAGGUGCGGGUUCACGUGCCAAUCGCGCCAAUCCAAUGGAUCGGAUAAAGCUUCCCGAAAUCAAGCUUCCAUCCUUCAGCGGGUCAGUUACUGAGUGGCUGACUUUUCGAGACACGUUCAAAAGUCUCAUCGAUUCCAAUCCCAAUCUUUCUGAUGUGGACAAAUUUUCCUAUCUUGUCGCAUCACUGACAGGGGAAGCUAAGCGGGUUGUCGAGCCUAUCGACAUUACUGAUGCCAACUAUGCCAUUGCUUGGCAGUCUCUGACAAAGCGCUUCGAUAACAAAAAGCUUGUGGUUAAAACCUAUAUAGAUGCACUUCUUUCCGUCGAACCCCUGAAGCGGGAAAGUUACGAAUCCCUUUCUCGACUAAUUGACGAUUUCGAACGAAAUCUGCAGAUGAUUGAGAAAAUGAACAUCGACACCAAGGGUUGGAGUGUGUUGCUGGCUCACAUCGUGUGCUCUCGUCUCGACACUGCAACGCUCAAGCAGUGGGAAAACCAUCACAAAUCGACAGACGUUCCCCGAUACGAGGUGCUCAUCGAUUUCCUACGUUCCCAUUGCAUCGUUCUCCAGUCAAUCGCGCCUGGGAAAGUGCGGGCCUCUGAUCCUCCCCGAUCUGAUCCAGCGCGUGUGCCGAAGAUCAAGGUUAGCAGCGUGCAUUCCGUCGUCAAUUCACCUCAAAAGCCAUGCUGUUUCUGUGACCAGUCUGCCCACUCGCCGUUCAAAUGUGAUGUGUUCCGCAAGCUAGCCGUUUCCGAACGGUACGAUUUUGUGAAGAAAAGGAGUCUCUGCAUCAACUGCCUAUCCGCUGAUCACCAGCUCCCAUUCGAAAUCCUCCCCAACCACAGGGUCCCAAAUCAAACUCAAGCCAGCCCUCAGACUCAAUCUCAAGCUCAAGUCGCUCCAACUACGUCGUCCAAUGCAAAUAAGUCUUCCUCGCCAUCUACCGUAUCUGACGAACAGACACCAUCUAUGAGUGCCCUCAGUCAUUGCUCUACCUCCUCGGUUGCCAACGUCCGCCGAAUCCCAUCAACCGUGUUGCUGCAGACUGCGCUCGUUAAGGUCAUCGAUUCUUCGAAAAACACCCUGUGGGCUAGAGCGUUGCUCAAUCCCGCCUCGCAGCUGAACAUAAUUACCGAAAGCUUGGCCCAACGAUUGCAAGUGCAACGGGUCAAGGAACACCACAUCGUCGGGGGAAUCGGACAAUCCUGUACUCCGUCCACACACUCUGUCGUAGUCCACAUUCAGUCGCAUUGCUGCCGUUUUCGUACCCAGCUUCAGUUCCACGUGCUGCCUGCUGUGACACGUGAACUUCCUUCGAAUAGCAUCGACGUAGCCGAAUGGAAUUGGCCUACCGGAGUAAUUCUGGCAGAUCCCCAAUUCAACAAACCAGCAACAGUGGAUAUGAUUAUCGGAGUGGAUGCGUAUUAUGAUUUGCUUCUCGAUGGACUGAUUCGCCUAGGCCCCGGCCGACCUGUGUUGCAGAAUACCAUGCUGGGUUGGGUCGUCUCCGGUCGCACUGGUAAUAGCCGACCAGAUCCCGAAAUUGUUAGCAUCGUCCACGUUUGCAGCACGGACGGGCUCGAACAGCAGUUGUCCAGAUUUUGGGAACUUGAAUCCUGUCAGUCCUCCAGCACCUUGUCCGUAGAAGAAUCGACUUGUGAGGCUCACUUCGUCGCCACUACCACGAGGGCUGAGUCCGGUAGAUUCGUUGUCCAACUUCCGAAGAAACCCACCAUUCUAUCGCAGAUGGGGGAUUCGUAUGAUAUCGCCAAACGUCGGUUCCUAUCCGUGGAACGCCGAUUACAAGCCAAACCACAACUGAAGACAGCUUACUCCGCUUUCAUCGAGGAAUACCGAAUCCUUGGACACAUGAAGGAAGUAGUAGAUGUUAGUCAGCCCACACCGUAUCGCCCGUAUUAUCUUCCACACCACUGCAUCGAACGUCCCGACAGCGUAACCACGAAGCUUCGCGUAGUUUUCGACGCGUCUUGCGUCACGGACACCAACGUUUCUCUGAACAACGCGCUGAUGGUGGGACCCACCGUCCAAGAUGACCUCUUCUCGUUGAUCCUGCGGUGGCGAACCCAUCGAUACGUGAUUAUUGCGGACAUCGAAAAAAUGUACCGCCAGAUUCAGGUGCAUCCUUCAGACCAGUGUCUGCAACGGAUUCUUUGGAGAGAUGAUCCGUCGGAGCCGAUUCGCAUUUUUGAGCUCUCCACGGUAACGUAUGGCACUUCUUCAGCGCCGUACCUAGCCACUCGCUGUCUGAAAGAGCUCUCCGUAUUAGGUCGUCAGUCUCAUCCUCUCGCUGCUGAACUCGUAGGCGAAGAUUUUUAUAUGGACGAUCUCUUUACCGGAAGCAAGACCAUUCGAUCUGGAAGGGUCUUGUGCACGCAGCUUCUUCAGCUUCUGCAUUCCGCUGGAUUUCCACUGCGCAAAUGGUCGUCCAAUUCUCCGGAGAUUCUCUCGCAUAUUCCUGAGGCACUACGUGAUGAACGAACCGUAUUGGGCCUCGAUCCAGGAGCUUCCAUCAAAACUCUCGGGCUUAGGUGGGAGCCAGCUUCCGAUUGCUUGGGCUUCCACGUUCCAAAAUGGAAGCAAGACGUUUGCCUUUCCAAGCGGCAAGUGGUUUCCGAUUCUUCGAGCCUUUUCGACCCGCUCGGCUUCAUAGGCCCAGUCAUCGUAGUUGCCAAGCUGUUCGUGCAGGACCUCUGGCGAAGCAAGCGUUCCUGGGACGAGCCGCUAGAAAACGAAAUCCAACAGAGCUGGCUGCAAUUUCGGUCCGAACUUGCGGCAAUCGAGACAAUUAUCGUUCCUCGUUGGGCCGUCCCAAUCGUCGAUCAAACUUCUAUCGAAUUACACGGUUUUUGUGAUGCCUCCAAGAAGGCUUAUGGGGCAUGCAUCUACCUCCGCGCCGUGUCCUCCAGCGGCGACACAUCCGUUCGUCUUCUAACCUCGAAGUCGAAACUGGCACCUCGGAUCGAACUUUAUUCGGCGCUAUUACUGAGCCACUUAGCCCAGAAGGUCCAGGAAACACUGAAUCUCUCAAUGAAGUAUUUUUUCUGGACUGAUUCGAUGAUCGUCCUCCAGUGGAUUUCGGCUGCCCCAUCUCGCUGGAAAACGUUUAUGGCAAACCGAGUGUCCGAAAUACAGCACCUGAUGGAAGGUGGACUGUGGAAUCAUGUGCCUGGAAUCGAGAAUCCGGCAGACAUCAUCUCCCGCGGAAUGCUGCCCGCGGAACUCAGAGAUUGCGCAGUAUGGUGGAACGGUCCACCGUGGCUCAGUCAACCAAACAGAUUCUGGCCUGCUCUUGUCCGUCCAGCAUUCGAGAACUUCGAAGCAGAACAACUCGAGGAAAGAGCGAUUGUCCUACCGAUCCAAGUUCACGAACCAAACCCUAUUUUCAGUCUUCGGUCAUCAUAUACUGGCCUAGUCUCGGUGGUGGCAUAUCUCCUGAGAUUUUGCCACAAUUGCAAGCAACGCAAUCCCUCAAAUCGACGAACCGGUUUUCUGAAGACUACUGAGUACAAGGACGCGCUCAUGCGUUUGGUUCGUUUAGCCCAACAAGAGUCGCUGACCAACGACGUCAAAGCCGUCGCUGCCACAGGAGAAGUCAAACCCAACUCCAAGCUAAAAUCCCUAGCACCAAUGUUGGAAGACGGAAUCCUGAAGGUUGGUGGCCGUCUUCGCAACGCUCCGGUGACGGAAACACGCAAACACCCAAUGAUCCUGUCUCCGAGCCACCCCUUCACCAAAAUGGUAGUCACCUACUAUCACAAGAAGCUUCUUCACGCCGGCCCGCAAUUGUUAAUCGCCCACUUGCGGGAGCAGUUUUGGCCACUAAGAGUACGCAACCUGGCGCGGAAAGUGGUUCAAGACUGUAUCAGAUGCUAUCGCUGCAAACCGACCGUCCAGGAGCAGUUAAUGGGAGAUCUUCCUAGCGAACGGGUGACUCCCACCUACCCGUUCCUGAAAACCGGCGUAGAUCUUUGCGGACCGUUAUUCUACCGUCAUCAUGGCCGCAAGUCUCUUGCAUUGAAAUGCUAUGCCGCCAUUUUCUAUUGCUCAGCAACUAUCGGUAUCAGCGGCGGACAAGCGAUGGUACUCGUGAAGACCCCAGUACUAGACGAACACCACUACGACCUGCUGGAGCUUCACACGUUAAAGGUCAACGAUUCGAGGAUAGAAACCGACAUAAACCUGGUGGCAAAACACGGCAAUCUGAUCUACGCUCAAACGACAAAAUGCGAUAUUUGCGAAGGUAACAAGCUUAUUGAAGACGAGUGCAUCUACAAUAUCUUAACACAUCAAACACCAAAGUGCCCACUCGCAAACUACACGUACAACGAAGAGGAAAACUUCAUGCUGCGAAUUCAAAACUUGGAAGAACUCAGCGAGAUUCAACUUUCUCUUAACAGCACACACAAGAGGAAAACCCACAACAAGGAUACCAAGGAGAACCACGUCGACGCUCUGCUACUUAGAGCAAAGAAUCUAGGAGAAGUAGAAGCAACCGGUGGUUCCAAUACCCAAACAGAAGGAAAGGAUCCUGAGAAGAAGCGGCUGAAACUCAUCCCAGAGCCAAGAUUCGAGCUCCUGAAACAUCAAACGAGGACGCUUGAUACUUGA